AUGGCAAGAAGGACGUUGAGCAGGCCCAAAGCCGACGGUGGGAAGUCCCUGAAGGUCUCAGAGAAACAGCGCCGGUACGGGUGCUGCGGCUUGAAGAUGGUCGCAUGCGGCAGCCUCGACCUCUGCCAGUACUCGUCGGAGGGGGACCCACACAGCUUGAAGAUCUUAUGCAGCUGCUCCACCUGGAAGAUCAUCAGCGUCAUGCCUGCUUCCAAUUCGGGAAAAGAAAUGGCCAGAUGAAGCAUAUGUUUCUUACAUGGACGACCAUGGUUUUAUUGCCCACAUUGACCCCCAUGGAACAUGCAUUUUUCCCAGAAUGAAUUCAGGCAGAAUCUAGGGAUUUUCAUCCGCAAGACCUAAAAAAUGAUUGGAGACCCACCAAACAUCUAAGUGCACAGACAAAUCAACAAUCUAAGUCCCCUGUUCAGGCUAGAUCCUGGUAUUUUUCUUCACCGAAUCCUCCCAAUUUGGGUCUCUAAUCUCUCUUUUUUUUUUUUUUUUUCUUCACUGAAUUCCCAUAUCUGGGUCUGAUUUUGAUCCUGGUAUCAUCCCUUCUUUCAGGGCCCAAAAAACCUAACAAAUUCAUGAGGAGACAAGGGGGCAUGAAUGAAUUAAGUACCUCUGUUCUUCCAGGCAUGAUGGGCUUCCCAGCUAGCAGCUCCGCAAGGAUGCAGCCCGUGCUCCACAGAUCCACCGAGACCCCAUACUCAGUAGCCCCGAGCAGGAGCUCAGGUGGCCUGUACCACAGCGUCACCACCCGGCUGGUCAGCGGCUGCUUCUUAUUAGGGUUGAAGAAGGUCGCCAGCCCAAAGUCUGCAAUCUUCAGCACCCCGUUGUUGUCUAUCAGAAGGUUCGACCCCUUGAUAUCCCGGUGAAGAACGCCCCGGCUAUGGCAGUGCUCCAGCCCCCCCAGCAGCUGCUGCAUGUAGCAUUUUAUCUGGGCCCCAAAUGA